AUGAAGUUAGAGGUGAUUCACUGCACUGAGGCGAAUUGCUUCGUCAAGCUGCCGCCGCAGAUCGUGGCAUCGAUCUUUGACCAGGCGCCCGGCAAGUUCAGCUCGCUGGCGCUCGAGGUCAGCUGGCUCGGCCCCGGAUAUAAACUACAGAGGGUGGCUGUCGGCUGGGCAGGCGAAGCUUCCCUCGGGGAAGAUGUGCUCGAGGUGCCUUUGGAGCUCGCGCGCAGCAUCAAACUGCCACAAAACCAACAGGUGGAAGUGAAGGUGCUCAAGCAGGUGCCACAGGCCACCCAAGUGAUGGUCGAGCCAGCCAGCCCUGAUGACUGGGAGAUCGUGGAGCGCAACCAGAGCUAUCUGGAAGAGCAAAUCCUGAAUCAGGUCAACGUGGUCUUUGAAGGACAGAUCUUUCCGGCGUGGAUUAGCAGGCAAACCGUGGUUCGCCUCAAGAUCGUGUCCACUGCGCCAGCGCCGCGCGUCCGGCUGGCCAGGGGGUCGGAAAUCGUCAUCGCGCCCAAGCCGCGUCACAUGAACAACGCUGCGGGUUGCGACCUUCUUCCUCCCCGCGACAAGUCGGCCGUGUUCGGCCCGGCUGUGGUGAACGCGCGCAAGGUAAAGGUGCGCCGGCUACGGGUCCAGGAGAUGCGGCUGGCCGAGCACUCGCUCCGAGCGACAAGCGAAAGCGAAGAAGACGAAGCCGCCGCCGCGAGCGAUAUGGAAUCCACGUCGACCGCCAGCAGCGACGAUGGGUCUGCCUGUGACCGAUGGUGGGGCCGGGCGCUCCCACCACCCGCCCACUGCGCCCUCGUUCACCCCGAGGACCUGGUCUCCUUCGGGUGGAAGGACGGCGACAUCAUCUUCGUCUCCGGCCUGGCGUCGAAGGCGCUCAAGCGGGAGAAGGACAAGGACAAAGACGCCCGGAUGCUCAUGAGCUCCGCGCCCAACGCCGCGCCGGGCUUGUCCCCGCAGCACGUCGCCGCCAUAUCGCUACAGCCCAAGGCCGCAUUUCUUCGCGUGUAUGCGCAUUCGGAAGUGGCCCCGCGCCACAUCAUGCUCAACGAAAAGGUGCGCCAAGCGCUGCGACUCAAGCUGUUGGCCACUCUCAGGGCUCAGCCGGUUCACCACCCGCCCUUGAAGUUCCAGUCCGUCCAGCUGCGGCGGAUCACUUGGGCACAGACCAACGCAACGAGCCCUUGCAAUGCGGGCAUCGCAUCGAUGAAUAUUCUGAUCCGUUUUCUCUUCGCGAACAGGCCUCAGCUGUCCGCGGACAUCGUCAGCCAGGCAUUCCAGGAUUGGCUCUACUCGACGCUCCAAGGCGAAGCGGCAGCGGCGGGCGUGCAGCGGAGUGGAGCCGAGGGUGCGGCGACGAUGCCGCUCACCAAUGGAAGCGUUGUUUCCCUCUCCAUUCCACUGCGACCCGCCCCUCUGCGCCGGGUCUCGGAAGAAGACGGCGCCGCUGCCGGCGAUGAUGAAGUCACGGAGGACUUUGCAGUGUUCUUCGACGUGCCGCUCCUCACCGGCCCCGGAAAGGCCGCCACGAACGGGAGCAACACCAACGAUGCCAGGUCUGUGGUGGUGCCGGCUUUGCCCAACACCGACCUGAACCUCUACCUGCUGGGCGGCUACGACACCACGAAGCCGCUGCCGUUCCACAUCUCCUACGACGCGUCGAGGCUCGCCUAUGACGGACCCGCACCUUGGCCGUUCUCCGGCGACCUCGCCGAACAGCUCGGCGCGCUGGACGAGCAGAUGGUCAAGGCCUCCGGCACGCUCUCGCUCUGUCUCAAGUAUGCCGACAUCCAGCGACAGAUGCACGCGCCGCCGCCCACGGGCAUGGUGCUGUUGCACGGACUUCACGGCUGCGGGAAAUCGACGCUGGCGCAAGCCCUUGCCCAGAAGUUUGCCACGGACCCCCACUGCCUCGCCUAUCCUCAGUUCAUGUCGUGCGGUCAGUUUGUGAACGCUCGGAUUGAGGCGAUCAAGGCCAAGUGGCGCCAAAUGAUCCGCGAGGGAAUCAAAAACGGACCGGCGGUGAUUGUGUUGGACGACCUCGACCUGCUCUGCCCCGCCGAGCAAGAACUCCAAAUGGCUGGUGACUCGCGCGGCCCGACGCUCGCGGACUACCUUGAGGGACUGCUCGCCAUGCUGGAGGACUUUGUCGCCGAUGCCACGCUUCACAGCAAAGUGGCCGAGAGUCGCCGAGUCGCAAUCAUCGCCACGGUGCAGUCGCUCUCGGGUCUCCACCCCAAGCUUCAGACGAUCGGUUCCCUGGCGCUGGCCGUGGAGCUGCCUCCGCCUUCGCGCGAGGGCCGAAUUGAGAUCAUGCGAAAGAUUCUCAAGGCCAAGAACCUGUCCCACGACGUCGACUCGCUCGACCUUGCCCAAGUGGCAAUGGUCACCGAGGGCUGCCUCGGUGCAGAUCUGAAGGUGCUGGUGGAGAGGGCCAUGCAGGCCGCUUCGAUGCGCUACAUCAAGGCCAGGCCGAAGGGCUCGAGGGGUGCCGCCAGCACGCCCCAACUGGUGCUCACCACAGAUGACUUCACAGAGGCGCAGAAGAACUUCACGCCAUCAUCACUCAAAGGCAUCAACCUCCAGAAGUCGGACGUCGCGUGGAACGACAUCGGCGGUCUCGCGGAGGUGCGCCAGACGCUCAAGGAGACUCUGGAGUGGCCCACCAAGUAUGCGCACCUCUACAAAGACGUGCCCAUCCGCAUGCGCUCCGGAUUGAUGCUGUAUGGCCCGCCGGGUUGCGGCAAGACGCUACUGGCCAGUGCGGUGGCGAAGGAGUGCGGGCUCAACUUCCUUAGCGUGAAGGCACGGCUCCUGCUUCGCCUUAUCUUUACAAGGGGACCCGAACUGUUGAACAAAUACAUUGGUGCCACAGAGCAAGGAGUGAGAGAUCUGUUCACACGGGCGUCUGCUGCAAAGCCAUGCGUCCUUUUCUUUGACGAGUUCGACAGCAUUGCGCCACGACGAGGCCACGACAACACGGGCGUGACCGAUCGAGUGGUGAAUCAGCUGCUUACUCAGCUGGACGGCGUGGAGGGGCUCCAAGGAGUCUAUGUGCUUGCCGCUACCAGUCGCCCGGACCUCAUCGAUCCUGCCCUCCUUCGACCAGGCCGACUGGACAGAUGCCUGUUCUGUAACCUCCCCACGCAGGAGGAGCGCGCUGACAUUCUCCGCACGGUCAGCAAGAAGAUCAGACUGGCCGACGACGUGUCGCUCGAGGAGGUCGCCAAAUGGUGCGAGUAUUACACUGGAGCCGACCUUCAGGCACUCCUCUACAAUGCCCAGCUGCAGGCGAUCCACGACCUGCUCGAUACAGAUGAGGACGGUGGCAACGCUUCUCCGGUUGAUCACAAGCAGCCGGUGCAGAUUAUACACCCGACCGCCACCGGCCACGCCAUUUCGGACAGCGAACAGGCGGCCAUCCGCAAGGAGAUGCACAAGCUCUACGAGAUGCUGAAGAAAGAUGGAGAAGCAGAGGAGCGGAAAGUGGACACCAACCUGGGAAACAGAACGCCCAUCGUCAACCUACGCCAUGUCCAAGAGGCCUUCCGUUCGUCCAACCCAUCGGUAUCGGCGACGGAGCGGAAACGCUAUGAGGCCAUUUACGACAACUUCAUGUCAACCAGAGGAGACUUUGGCAUGGCCGGUCCGGCCGACUCGCUCCAGACCCUGGCCUGA